CCGAGGAAUGGUGGCAGUUUUGACUGGAACGCGCUUCAUCGUAGAAUUCGAAGAUCACUGGAAGCGCAUCAACGAAUCGAACCCGUCUAAAGAAAACCCCUGGAUUAAAGAAUGGUACAUGAUGCGAAACAAGUGCAAAUUUCCUGGCGUCAUACACUCUCCGUUUAACUCCUAUCCAGACUGCGUGUUACCCAGCGAAGAGGAGAAGAGGAUUCAGUUUUCCCAGGACCAAUAUGUAGAACCUGCUGUGCAUGCGGCGUUUACUUAUGCACGUGCCCUAAAAACGGCCCAAAAACAAUUGUGCGGCAACGUUGCCGGAGUAUGCCCGGCUCUGUUGAACCUUAAUAGCAAGGAUUUCGCCGAGCAGUAUCUAAAGAAAGUGGAGUUUACGUACAAAACCGACGAAAGGAUUUCCAGUUUGGCCUCUGAUAGAUACGCGCCUUACCAGAAAGCCAAACACCUGAGCUUUGAUAAAAACGGGGAAAUAAUCAGCCCUGAGUUUGGCGUUUGGAAUUACAACGGAAUGUUGAAUAAAAACUUCCGGUUUAGAAAUGUCGGAAGUUACUCCGAUGGUCAUUUGUCUUUGGACACAUCGAAAGUCUUCAUGUAUGGCUCCAAUCGAACUACAGAGCUCCCGUCUUUACCGACAUCGUUAUGUCCGAAUGCGACCUGUCAGCCAUGUUUAGGCUCUUUUGUGGAUAUCAAAUAUUUCUUCAGAAACGGCGAUGUCAUCUUAACGAGUUUCUUCUCUCUCCAUAGUAAAGGGGAUUUGCCGUUUAGUUGUGGUCUUUUCACAACAGACAGCGCCCAGAUGCAGUAUCUUGAAGCAGUGCUGUACGCCAUAGAUAACCUUAAAGGACUCUUUCCUUCGUUGCUGCCUGGAGUGAAGCUUGGAACUUUAAUAUUAGACGACUGUAGUUCGUCUAGCAGCGCCGUAUCACAGAUUUCAGACUUACAACACGGACGACUCAAGGUGGUCGACUCUCUCACUCGUUCCCAACUCCAGCCUAGAACCAUAUCAGGAUAUUUGGGUCUAGCUGAUACCUGGCUAACUGUACCCUUGGCAGAGACCAUGGAUCGUCUGAAGCGGCCGUUCAUCGGUUAUACUGCCAUGGGCUAUCAGAUGAAACCAAUGUCUACCAAUGAAUUUCCGUUUUAUUUGAACCCGUUACAGCUACACUCAACGCUCAUGCGAAUACUCUCUCAGUUUCUUCGAAAUGUUGGAUGGAAAUAUGUACAAGUGUUGUAUUCAGAGGAUUCUUACGGCGAAAAUGGCCGGAUGGAACUGGUCAAAGAAGCAGCAAAAUAUGGUAUUUGCGUGGUUGCAAGCCACUCAAUUGACAAGCUACAGAAGAGCACUGAGUUGAUAAAUGCUCUUAGACGAAACCCGAACGCAAAACCUGUUGUGGUUCUUGUCAGAAAUAAGAAAUCUAUUCGGAGAAUUCUGGAAAGUAUCCGAGCCGAGGCGGCUGCCGGAGAAUUUACUUUCAUUGGUUUGGACAGUUGGGGAACAUCUGACCAUAUAGUAAAAGGUUUCGAGAAUGAAGCAGACGGCACGUUGAUAUUUCGUUACAAGACAGCGGCGAUUGCCGAUUUUCAGAACUACUUGGAUUCACUAGAUGCUCAGAAUCACGCACACAAUCCUUGGUUCAUCGAAUGGUUUCAAAAUAUGUUUAAAUGUGCCCUCACUUCUGCCGAUGUACUGAAGCACGGCCAACUUUGCAACGCCACAUAUGCCAAGUCUAAAAUUACGUCUUCACCUUGGUUUGAACUCGACCCGAGAGUGUUGUUCGUUACCGAUGCUGUCUAUGCGUUCGCUCACGGUCUUGAUAGUUCUUUGAGGGAGGUGUGCGGUCAGAAUUACAGUGGUGUCUGUAGCAAGUUCUUAACGUCACGUGACAGUGGAGACAUACUCAUCAAGAACAUCAAAGCAGCCAGAUUCAGAGACGAAAAUCUACACUAUUUUGCUUUCGACAAGAAUGGUUUUGGCAACAUUCCUUUCGAAAUAUUCAAUUACAAUUCCAAAAAAUAUGAUCUGGUGGGUGAGUACAGCUUAACCAAUGAAAGGUUUUCUUUGAACGAAAACAGCCUCAAACUAUUCGGUGGGGCGUCAGUGACGUCAGUGCGUCCAUCUUGCAAAGAAAAAUGUAUCUCCUGUCAGUACAUGUCAAACGAACAACCAACGAUGUUCAUACCCGGAGACCUACUCAUCGCCGCCAUGUUUGAUAUCCACAGUGCAGAUCAAUCACCGUUCGUUUGUGGUCCCAUGAGCGUUUAUGGAGGUUUCCAAAAUACUGAGGCCUUUGCUUUCGCUCUCGAUUGGGUUAACCGGGGUCUAUUAAGUGAUGUGACCUUAAACAAUAUCACUCUUGGAGGGAUCGCGUUUGACGGUUGUUCAACACCGGCUCGAGCCAAAUCGAUAACUUUGAACUUCCAUCACGGUCUAUUGAACACCAGACGAAGUUCCCGAUUCUUGAAGAAUUUAAGUCAUGGCUCCUUAAAAAGACCCCAAGCAACAGUAAAAACCAAACUAACCCUUGGUUUAACGAGUACUUCGAGAUCUACUACGGGUGCUAUUUGGGUACAAACUGCACCGUCAGCGAUUCGCUUGUGGACAAUCGGGCUCUUUGAUAUACACAAAAAAGGACCCACUCCAUUUAGCUGCGGGGUCAUUAACGAUGAACAAGGAUACCAGCUCGUGGAAGCGUUUAAUUAUGCCGUUGAUUACGUUAACAGUAACCGAGGAAUUUUUGACAAUAUCCUUCGAGGUGUCACAAUUGGUUCUCUUGCUGUGGAUGUCUGCCAAAGUCCAACCAAAGCUGGUAACAUCGUGACAAAUCUACAAAACAAGAACGCUCAUCUCUUCGACAAUGCCACCAACUCUUUCAUCGAUCCAGCAGAUUUCCAGGUUUAUGUCGGACCCUUUGAUAGCGAAUCUUCCCUACGCGUUGCAGAUAUUCUCACUAAAUUAGGAAUCCCUCAGAUCAGCUACGGUGCCACUAGUGCCGAACUCUCUAGCGAUCGGUACCAAUUUUUUUCAAGGACUGUUCCGUCGGACAGCAAGCAGGCACGAGCGUUCGUUUCGUUUUUGAAACGCUACCAGAUCAAAUACGUCCAAUUAAUCAGCACUGAAGAUACAAUUGGACGGUAUGGGAAAGAAGAAUUUGCCAAAGUGGCCUUCGAAAACAAAAUAUGUAUCACGCAGAACGUAAGCUUACCACGAGAUGAGUUUCUAACUCAAUUUGAUGCUGAUGUCGCAAUCAAUAAACUUGCCUUACAGGAUGAAACAACGGUCGUUGUGCUUUUUGUAACUAACCCGCGUCUUCUGCUUGUUUCGGCAGAAAAGAACUACGUUAUCACCUCGCGUUUUUUGUUUAUAGCUACUGACAAAUGGGGCGCCGACCCAGACAUGUUACGAGACCUAAAUAAACUGUUAUCGAAACGCCAAAUCGUUAUAUUUGAUGUAGAAACGGCUGAUCUACCGGACUUCGAUAAAUACCUUGAUACGAAAAGUACAAGAGCGAACAACAAUAAAAAUUGGUUCAACGAGUAUUACGAAGAGCUUUAUAGCUGUACAACCACUUCCAACGCCUCCUCGAGGUUUCCUACAACGUGCAGUGGAACUAGCUAUCGAACUUUACCUAUAGCUCCGAAAUAUACUCAGGACCCUUACGUACUUUUUGUAGUCAAUGCGGUCUUUGCGGCCGCCAUCGGGAUUCAUGGGGCAUUGCAAAACGUGUGUGGACGCGAUUAUAACAUCAUCUGUGAUCGAUUUAUAUCUUCCGACCAAAGACCUGCUAUUCAAAGGUACAUUCUGUCAUCCCAAUUUAUAGACCCAGGUCUGCAACCAUUUUACUACAUGAAAGGAAGCGAUGACAGCAUUCGAGGUUAUCAUAUAUAUGAACCAGUUGAAACCAAACAGUACACUAACAUCGGCAGUUAUAACGAAACCGAUAAUCUGAAGCUGGACGCCAGAUACAAUAUAAACUGGUCGUCAUCCUGCUCAGCAACCAGCUGCGCCAAAUGUAUUUUCCCUCCAUCGGAACCAACCCAUUUUAUGACCAUGAAGUCGCCGAACGAUCUCAACUUAGUCGCCGUCUUUGACAUACAUUUCGCAGACGAUAAGGCGUUUAACCAAUGCGGCAAUUUAAACACGGCUUCCGGCUUUCAGCACGCUCUAGCUUUCUUCUAUGCCAUUCGAAACGUCAACAAAAACACUCGGAACAGACUAGCAAGCAGUCUGCAGUUGGGUGGAGUUGCCCUGGACACGUGUUCGUUACCGGUCACCCUCGGACUGGAUGUCUAUAGCCUCUUGACCGGAAGCAGUCGAUGCAGAAAAAAAGGCGCUAACGAAAUAAUCUUCCCGCCAGCCAGUAUCGUCGGUUUCGUACCCAAAGCUAGCAGCAACGCAGUACCAAUCGCAAACAUGCUGAGAGACUACGGCAUCAUGACACUCAGCCCAAGUGCUACAACGACCAAACUGAGCGACCAAUCGAUCUACCCUCACUUUCUCAGAACCGUCCCACCAGACGAUCUUCAAGCGAAAGUAAUGAUGGAUAUCCUGAAGAAAAUGCAAUGGACGUAUGUGUCCAGCGUUUAUUCGGACAACGAAUACGGCAAAAGUGCCAUCCAAACAUUUCUGAAGGCGGCCGAUAACGACACAGCGGUCUGUGCUACGAAGAUAAUUUCUAUGCCAAUGAACGCCACAAACAAGGAAGCCAAAGAUAUUGUUGAAAGGUUAAAUCGCGAAGCUGGUGCCAGAGCCGUAGUUCUGUUUCUUAAAGACUAUCAGAUAAGACUAUUAUUGCAAGCAGCCAAGGACCUGGAUUUGGUCAACCGUUUCGUGUGGAUCGGCAGUGACACAUGGGGAAACAACAUGUAUGUGGUCAGCAACGGUCUGCAAGAGACAGCAGCUGGUGCCAUCACCAUACAAAUCAGAUCAAAGGUACUGAACGGCUUCCUGGAGUACGUGAAACAACUGACAUUAGAAAAACACGAUGGAAUUCCAGACGAUUGGUUCUUCGACUUUUAUCAGGAUAUUCACAAAUGUCGUCUGCUCUUUACUGACAGAGCGAAAAAUUACGAUAGAAUCUGUACUAAAAAUGAAGUAAUAACAGACGAUAAAAUACAACAAGAUGCAUUCAUUUUCCACACAGUUUUGGCCGUUGAAAUGAUAGCGAUUGGACUCAAUAAUAUCAAAGAGUGUCGACAAGACAGUACGGUGAGCGUCGCCAGCUGCUUAGCGCUACAGAAGAACAAGAACGCCAUAAUCUACGACAGCGUUCGUAAAUCUCCGUGGAUCGAUCUUCAUUUAAGUGACGAAGACAUUCCUAGUAAUUUUUCCUUCAAAUUUACGGAAUCCGGUUACGGAGAUAUUGGUUACGACAUUAUGAAUUAUCGAUUCAAUAUCUACAAAAACAACUAUGAAUAUGUCAGGAUUGGAUCAUGGGUCGACUCUUUGAACCUAAACAUAUUGGACUAUCGAGGAUCUGAAUACGCGGAUAUCGCGAUUAUACCACUGUCACGUUGUCCUGUCGGAAGUACCUGCAACUGCCUGAAUGCUAAAGCAGAGAAAGUGCAACAGUCAACACCUCAGUCUGAUUUAUUAACUUCGGGUGAAGACAAAAUAUACAUUGACCCAGAAACGGGUGCUUUCGUCAAUCUUCGGAGCCUCCCGUCUAUAGGCGAACGAUUCUCCAGCGUCUGGGGUACCAUUGCAACGACAUUGGCCGCUCUUGGAGCUUUUUUCUCGUUCUGUUUGUUCUGCUAUUUCAUACUUUUCUACCCGUUCCGAGGAGGCACAACCAUUCUGGGUUUCACGUUGAUUAUUGCUAUUACUGGACUCUAUUUAAUGGUUAUUCCGUUCGUCGCUCACGCCACUCCAGAAGUUUGCAGUAUCCGAAGGGUGUUCCUAGGGUUCUUCUACGCUUUGGCCUACGCGGUGCUGGUGGUGAAACUCCUAGACGCCUACCGAAACAUCGACAAGGAAGAACUGAAAUACAAAAACCUAGCACAACCUUGCGGCUUGCUGUUGAUUACUCUCUUCAUCGUGGCCAUCCAGUUGAUGAUAGCCAUCCAGUGGUUAAUUCUACAGCCGCCAGAGGUCGUUAACGUGCCCGUGGCCGGCAUGCUGUAUCCUCGGUGCGCCCCGCACGACUUCUCCGACGAAUCGCUGGUCAUCUCAUUCGUUUUCAUCAUGUUCCUUCUACUCGUUAACGUUCUGAUUGGUUCGGCUACGUGGAACAACCCGAACAACUGCUACGAAUCGCAAUGGAUUCUGGGAAUGGUUCUUCUCAGCAUCCCCGUCUGGAUAAUUUGGUGCUUGAUCUCCACUCUCAGCAGCUACAACGUACGAGACAUCGCAGUGGCCGGUGGCAUUUUGGUCAAUGCCACCAUAUUGCUGGUUGUUGGACCACUUAACCGACUGAAACUCAUGAAGAAGAACAACAACAUGCAACCUUCUGAAAAAGACGAUUAUUAUCUUUACGACAGCGGCUUAAAUGAUGACGAUGUAUUCUAUGGCAACGGUUAUAACACUGGUCCACGUAUCAGAGAUUACCCGGCAUACCCCCAAUAGUCCUCGAGAACACAGACACACAGACACUGUAUUAAUCCGGAAGACACAAACAGAAAAAGAACAAAAAAUAUAAAAGAACAACAAAGAAGAAAAACAGCCACCGAAAAAGGAGAGAAAAAAAGGAAGAUAAUCAUCUGGCUGUCUUCGGAAAUGGUGAGCUCAAGCGAAGAAGAGAAACUAAAAUGGAAUGCUGAAGCCCGCGUCAGUGAUAAGAACCUACGAUGUGUGCAUGUGUGUGUUUGUGUGAAUGUGUGUGUGCGUGUGUGGUCAUGUGAUAGCAGUUGUGGUGGCACGUGACUAUAUGAUAGAAUAGCAGUUUUGUAUAUAACAAAAAGAAUAAGUGCUGUGGUUGCAUUUAACCGUUUGGUUAAAGUGUGAUAAUGUUUUGUGAUGUUGUUGUUGUUGUUGUUAUUUAACCCGUGGUCAACAGUGCUUGAGUAGACCUUUGAUCAUACGUCUGCUCAAUCCAGACAUGACUAACUCCCCCGCCCUUCUUGUCCCAGUUUGAUAUAGCAGCCAAAUCUCCCUCAAACUACAGUUCAUUGUCUUACAAAAUAGAAGGCCACAUUCAUUAAUGCAGUCAUACGUACAGCAAGGUCUGAAUAGAAGGCACGGCUGGAACGUCUUUGAUCUGAUCACAGAACUGGACUGGGGUUACAUAAAAGCAAAAACACCACGAUCCCCACUGCUAACACCACUGGGGCAAACCGCGGUUCCCAGGGACGCAUGUGGCCCUUAAGCAUCCUUCCGGCGGCUCCCGACAGUCUUCCCUCUAUAAAUAUAACAGAUCUUUCUUUAAUUGCGGCCCUCUAACAAAAGCCCAGGUCUUGUAUCUGGCCCGGAUAUUAAAAUGGUCGAGAACCACUGCUCUAGGCAGUCACUGGGCCUGCUAGAAAUAACAGCCAAACAUCCCUCAAAAUACAGCUUACAGUCUUAGAAAAGGAGAACACGUUGGAUAAUGUGAUCGUGGAUUUAGAAAAUUAGAUAAAGUAGCCGGUGAUAAAUAAACUAUGAUUAAAAUAAUACAGGAUGGUCAUGACCAGAGUGCUGUUGGAUCAGGAGCAACCCAGUACUAAACAAUAUCACACGUACAUUGACACACCAUCACUACCUCCGCCAUCACCACCACUAGUAGCAUCACAAGAUUGUAUAUGUUGGUUUAAUCUAUCUUUAAGUAAGUUCUCUCUGACGUUUCGGUCAGAACGUUCCCCAGUUUCGUCAAAAUUCAGUGUUUUUGUUUAUUUGCUGCCCGUUUCUCUCCUGCCCUUUUUGCUGCUUUCGUUCGAACUCAACUAAUUUAACAUUCCAUUCUCAAAUUUUUGUAUUUUAAAUAAAGACUGUUUUCUAUUUUUCAAUAA